GUUUUCUUGCUUCCAUCUCCUAGAGUGUAUGUGUUUGUGUGACUGCGUGUGUGUCUCCCUCUGCGCUGAGCUGUGUCCUUGUCCCUGCCUCCUGGCAGCGAGGAGACACCCAGCAGCCAGUCUGUGAUUGGGCAGGGGAGUUGGGUUCUUGAGAGAGUGUGGUGCUGACUGCUCUGGGACGUGUUUCAACAGAUGGUCGAGGUUAGAGAGUGUCAUCAUAUUGGAGAGAGGAUUAGAAGAGAGAGGUUGUCUUCAAGGAGCUGUGUGGUCCCCCCUACUCUUCAGCCUCAAAAUCCCAGCACUAAGACAGAAACCCCUCUAUGAGCGGAGGGUGACCUGGUGAAGAACCGCAAGGAGAAAACUCAGAGAGGAAUCCUAGCCUUGCCUCUCACUCGACCAGCACUCUGCUCUGCUGCCCUCCAGUCAACCACGGCUGCGAGACCCGCCCAGUUGUGAGUGAGUGGCCUGGCUGGACCUCUUCUCCCUCCCUUCAUCUCUCUAUUAAUCCUCCCAUCUACCCAUCCUGUCUCCUGUCGUCUCAGGCACCAUGCUGAUUCAGUGGCUGGUCUGGUUGGCCCUGCUGACACUAGACUGGGCUCCAGGCAGCUGGGCCUUCACCACCACCAGGGCGCAGGGCCUGAGGGGUCGCAUCCAGAGAGACCGCAGAAACAUCCGACCCAACAUUAUUCUCAUCAUGACUGAUGACCAGGAUGUUGAGUUAGGUUCUCUACAGGUGAUGAAUAAAACCCGUAAAAUCAUGGAAGAUGGAGGCAUUACUUUCACCAAUGCCUUUGUCACCACACCCAUGUGCUGCCCAUCACGAUCCUCAAUGUUGACGGGCAAGUAUGUCCACAACCACAACACCUACACCAACAAUGAGAACUGCUCCUCUCCUUCCUGGCAAGCUCAGCACGAGCCACGCUCAUUUGCUGUCUACCUCAACAACACCGGCUACAGGACAGCCUUCUUUGGCAAAUACCUCAAUGAGUACAACGGCAGCUACAUCCCACCUGGGUGGCGCGAAUGGGUUGGAUUGGUCAAAAAUUCCCGCUUCUAUAAUUACACUGUCUGUCGGAAUGGUUACAAGGAGAAACAUGGUGCCGAUUAUGCCAAGGACUAUUUCACAGAUCUGAUCACCAAUGACAGCAUCAACUUUUUCCGCAUGUCCAAGAAGAUUUAUCCUCACCGUCCUGUGAUGAUGGUCAUCAGUCACGCUGCCCCUCAUGGCCCAGAAGACUCAGCACCUCAGUACGCUGAGCUCUUCCCAAAUGCUUCUCAGCACAUCACCCCCAGCUACAACUAUGCACCAAAUAUGGACAAACACUGGAUCAUGCAGUACACAGGCCCAAUGAGACCCAUCCACAUGGAGUUCACCAACUUUCUCCACCGGAAAAGGCUGCAGACUCUCAUGUCUGUGGAUGACUCAGUGCAGAAGGUUUAUGAUAUGCUAGAGGAAACUGGAGAGCUGGAAAACACGUACAUUAUCUAUACAGCAGACCAUGGCUACCACAUCGGUCAGUUUGGGUUGGUCAAGGGCAAGUCAAUGCCUUAUGACUUUGACAUCCGUGUGCCAUUCUUCCUGAGAGGGCCCAAUGUGGAGCCAGGGACAGUAAACCCUCAUCUGGUAUUGAACAUUGACCUAGCUCCAACAAUCCUUCACAUUGCUGGGCUGGACACCCCUCCAGACAUGGAUGGAAAGUCCAUCCUUAAGCUGCUGGAACAGGAAAGGACUGGCAAUAGAUUCAAACCCAACCGGAAACCCAAAGUCUGGAGGGACACAUUCCUGGUGGAGCGAGGAAAGAUCCUGAGGAAGAAGGAUGACUCAGUGAACACUCAGCACACCAACAGCCUACCUAAGUACAAGAAGGUCAAAGAGACUUGCCAGCAGGCCGAAUUCCAGACACCCUGUGAACAGCCUGGACAGAAAUGGCACUGUGUGGAGGAGAUUACAGGGAAGUGGAGGAUACAGAAGUGUAAAGGUGGUUCGAAAGAGGGCUCCAGGAAAAGGGCCCGCAGCCUGAAGCCUCGUAGCAGUUAUGACAACAGAGAGAGAGGCUGUGACUGUGGGGACGCACUCUUCAAACCCUCCAGAGCAGAACGCCGCUCCCACCGUCAGUUCUCCUCCUCAUCUGGCCAACGUUAUCGGCCACGUUUUGUCCAUACCCGGCCUACCAGGGCUCUGUCUGUCGAGUUUGAAGGUCAGAUAUAUGACAUUGACCUCCAAGCAGAUGAUCAGUCAGCUGUCCGCCGCCGUGCCAUCUCAAAGCGUCAUUACAACCAAGAGGGUCCAGAGUUUGACUCCGGGACAGAUGACGGUUCAGAGGAAAUGGUGGCAGAUGAUACAAAUGCUGUGGGAUACCCAAACUCGGUGAAAGUUACCCACAAGUGUUAUAUUUUGAUGAAUGACAGUGUCCAUUGUGAAAGAGAAAUCUACCAGUCCUCCAGAGCUUGGAAAGACCACAAGAGCUAUGUGGACCAGGAGAUUGAAGCACUUCAAGACAAAAUCAAAAAUCUCAGAGAAGUAAGAGGCCACCUAAAGAGGACACGACCAGACGAGUGUGACUGUGGAAAGAAGAGGGAGGCUGUGCAGGAAAUAGACAGGAAGGCCCAGUUGUAUAAUGAGAUCCGGAGACGGAAGAAGGAAAGGAAGGAGAAGAAGCGCCAGAGGAAGGGAGACGACUGCAGCCUGCCUGGGCUCACUUGUUUUACACAUAACAAUGACCACUGGCAGACUGCUCCUUUCUGGACAUUGGGUGGAUUCUGUGCAUGCACCAGCUCCAACAACAACACCUACUGGUGCCUGAGAACCAUCAAUGAGACCCACAACACACUGUUCUGUGAGUUUUCCACAGGCUUCCUGGAGUACUUUGACCUCAACAGUGACCCCUACCAGUUGACCAACGCAGUGUAUGCAGUGGAUCGGGAGGUACUGAACACGCUCCAUGCUCAGCUCAUGGAGAUGAGAAGUUGUCAAGGGUACAAGCAGUGUAACCCUCGACCUAAAGGUUUGGAUACAGCACACAGCCAAUAUGGGACGGACGACAGGGUUAAGCUACCUAACUUGACAGACGAGGAGGUUGACUGGCAGGGUCUGGAGGAUCUGUAUAGCAUAAACGAAAGCCUUUAUGAAUGUAGGCCUGACUACAGCCCCAGCCCAAACAAUUGGGCCAACUUCCAGAAGGAUGUAGAUAAUAUAUUUGCACUGCGACACGUUUUUAACAAAUUCAACCGAACCCAUAAACUUGACGACUCCGCCCUGCCAGAACUGGGCUCUGGGGUCGGGGGUGGAGGCCUCGAAGAAGGCAGUGGAGAAGAGUUGGCCUCAGCCGAUGACGUCUGGACAGCCCUGGCCUUAGAGACUCGCUUCACCACCCCCGCCCCCAUCAAAACGCCAUCAGCACCACAAACACCCAGGCCCAUACUGGAAAGAAAACUGGAAUCCUUUGUCAAUGACCUUCCUGAGAGGCUUAUAGACAGACCUGGGGUGUCCGUUAUGUCAUCAUCACCAGUGACGGUGUCACCAUCAGGUCCAAGGAGAGACAAGGUUAUCUUCCAGAGCAAUAUGUGGGCGCAGCAGCUUGAGGAGAUGAAAGGAGAGGUGUUUAGUGGGAACGGACUGACGGAGCUGGAGACACAGCACUACAACCAGAUGGAGCUGGGCCUGGGUCACGGAGAGGCAACUGGCCCUCAGGGUCUUGGUCUGGGCCUGGACUCCAAAGAUGAGGAGGACAUUUUCCAGGCCCAAGGCUACCUCCCUUUCUCACCACAUACAGUGAGGCCCAAGGUGCAGCCCAGCACCACCGGGCGCCCCCCCACUACACAGACUAGCACCCCACACAGUGUCAGGGUGGUACCACAGGUGCUGCCCCUCAUCUUGGACUAUGAGGGCAGCGGCUCUCUGCCUCAACCCUCCAAUUAGACCCUCUGAGGCAGAUACAUGGCCAUUCAGCCAAUGAGCUGCUGGUGACCACAGAGACACAGUGAUUGGGAGAUGAGCUUGCCAAGAGCUAUGGCAAGUGAUGCCACCUCAGUCAGUCAGAGUUGUAUAAUGAGUAUUAAAAUUAUUGUUUAUUUUUUUACAGGUGCCUACGUUUAUUAGUAAAGAGUGUUAUGUUUUCUGUUUUUUUUUUUUCCAAAAAUAUAUUUAGACAAGAAAAAGCCUUAAUGCAGCUAAACUAAGUGUCGGGGGGAAAAAAAGAUUAAUUCCAUACGGAUAACACUAUUUCAGCAUCUGAAUGGAUGGUUAGCAUUAGUCAGCUGUAGGUACGCUUGAGUCUUUUAAGAAUCUGUUGAUCAAAAACCUGCCCAAUUACAGGAUACUAUUUCGGAACAGUAACCACUCACCAAUUAGAUAAUGACAACAUUGACCCCAAAUGCACUUUUGAACUUUCCAACACUAUGACCUUCACCCUCCAGUGCUUUGAGUUAUUGAAAUUUGUGUCCGUCGUGAAAUAAGGUUGCUUUUAAAUGAUUAUUUUGAUCGACUACUUUCAAAACAAAGGCAAGAACUGGAUUGUCACUUCUGAAAAAGUUACAAAAUCAACAUAACAUCUGUUUCCUAAAUAACUUUUAUUAAUCAAUAUUUUAAACUUUGCCAUAUAGGAAUAUUUUUAGCCUCUUCUUAACAUGGCAUUAAUAGGAUCACAAAGUUUAGACAAUCAUUUUAGUACACAUUUGUAACUGACAGCUUGACAUCAUCUGAAUUAUCCAGCUGCAGCAAACCUAUCUGAUACUCUAACCAGGCACGAAAAAAAAACUGGCAUUUGUUUUUGUCAUUUUUACCAGGGCACUCUUUACUGAUGUGUUUCACCAUUGCACCAGCUCUAUUUUAUUUUUAACAUAAUUAAAAUUGCCCUUACUAAUCACAAGCAAAUGCUUAAUCACCAGGGGGUUGUACAAUGUUCAUGUUGUAACUUUUUUUUGAAGUCUCCAAUUAAUCUUGUGUUGUAUGAUGUAGUGCUUUGAUAAUCCAGAUUAUAGUGUUGCACAUGGCCAAUUCAGUUUGAAUGUAACUGCAUAGUCCCUUAAAAUUGGUUAUGACAGCACACUGUGCCACAGCUUUGUCUGACAGUAAUAGUCAGUAAAACUACUACUCAGCAAACAUUGCAUAAAGCUAAGAAUUGCAAGGCCAUUGAGGGCAAAAUGUUUUAAGAUUUCUGCCAGUAGUUCAUCUCUAAGCAACCAAGAUGUACCUUCUGGUUAGAAACAGGUUCUGCAAAAACCUGAUGCUGUCCUUUUUCUUUGACAGUGUGUGUAGAUGUGUCAGACUAACUCUGGUUUCAGGAAAGCCCUGAAGCUGUUAAGAAAUAAACCCUUUCAA